AUAAAAUGCUACUUUGACUCCUACUGUUCUUCAUCUUGGUCUUCCUCCUACGCGAGCUUCAAAUCACCCGAUACUAGGAGCAAAAGAUAGCACUACCAUCACAUGUUAAGAGAUGGCUUGGAAAGUUCUCCUUCAGGUUUUGUUUGCUCAAGUCUUCAAUGUUCUUUCCUGGCCUUCAUUUACCUUGCUUUGUCCCUUGUAUGCUUCGUUUUGGGCUAUGGAGAGUGAUUCGCUGGCCAAUAGUCAGCAAUGUCUGACUUUCUGGGUUCUUUUUGCUCUUCUUGCUAUUUUGGAGAAGGCACUUGCUAAGCUUCUACUAUGGCUUCCUUUCUGGCCUUAUGUCAAGGGGGUAGUGACCGUCUUGUUAGUGGUACCUUAUUUUGGUGGUGCUUCUUAUGUUUACAAGUGUUUUGUGAGAACUCAUUCAUUUAAAGUUUCACACAUAUUCUGUUUGAUAUGGAACAUCUUGUUCUUCUCAAUGAGGAAAAGUUUCUCAUUCAGUGGGCAGAACAACUUUGUUGAUGAGAUAGGUAAAAACAUAAUUGUCGAUGGACAAGAAGAACUGCAGAAAUCUAUUGUUUUCCAGGGAACAUUAAAGCCUAAUUAUGACAACACAGAGAGGGAUCGUACACCGAUUAUUUCAAAGAAAGUCCAAAAGGAGUGGAGUUGCUCACUUUGUCUGGUAAGCACUACCAGUGAAAAAUGUUUAAAUAAACACCUGCGAGGUAAGAAACAUAAGGCAAAGCUAGAAGAAGUAAGAGCUGAAGAAUUGGCAUUGAAGUCAACAUACAAUUCGUUUUAUACUGCAUAUAGAAACAAAAGGAUGGUUUUCGUUGGAAACUUGGUCAAUCUUGGAAAGUGGAGCAGGCUAAUAAGCCCUAUCAGACCAAUUAGAUUGUGCAAAUGGGAAAACCCAAAUGUGGGAUGGAUUAAAUUAAAUACCGAUGGAUCUAUAGAUCAAGAAAAUGCUCGUUUUGGUGGUUUGCUUCGUGAUUACAAAGGUGAUGCAAUAUGUGCUUUUGUGUCUAAAGCUCAUCUGGAUGAUAUUUUCUUGGUUGAACUAUGGGCUGUAUGGAGAGGUCUUGUUCUUGCUUUUGGUCUUGGGAUUAAAGCAGUGUGGGUUGAGUCUGACUCUAUGAGUGUUGUGAAAACCAUUAAUGGUGAGCAGUCUCAUAGAAGAAAAGCUGAUAGAUGCUUGAAGCACAUUUGGCUCCUUUUAAAGAAGUUUGAGAACUACCAAGUGUCUCAUUCAUGGAGAGAAACUAAUAAAGCAGCCGAUUUCCUCUCAAAAAUGGUUCUGGAGAAAACUGAUGUAGUAUUAUGGCCUUAUGAUUUUCCUAGUGGCCUUCAAAAUAUCAUCAAGGAUGAUGCUCAAGGAAGGAUAUAUUGCAGACGACAACUUCAGAUUUGAUUUACCUUUGCAUUUCCCACUAAAACUAAAAUGAGAAGGGGGAAAAUCUACAAGAAUAUAAUCAAGGGUGUAAAUACGUGACUUCAUUCAAGAGGAGGUUGGCUUAGGAUUAUUAAAUAUGACUUCAAUUGGCCAUUUACAUGAUCUCUAAUUACUGGAGAAACAAGCAGUAGCAAGCAAUUAAUUUAUUUUUAGCUAGCUAUUUUGUUUGUUAGUUUGCUAGUUCUUGUAAUUUGCUAGUUUUGUUUUUAAUUUAAAACUGACAACGGGCAAACUAGUUCCAUCCUAUUCUUCUUUCUUUCUCCUUUCUUCAUUCUCUGUAACUGUAUCUGGUAUAUCUGCUACUUUUUUCUGAAGUAAUGAGAAAGUUCCAUAUUUCUCUCAA